AUGGUUUGCUCCGACUCCUUGCCUUCCCCUUCAUGGCGUCCUCCGCAGACACUUGCUGGGCACUUGGGCCACCUAUCGCCAGAACAGGAAACCAAAUUUUCCGAGUUCAAACUCGCCUGCACGAAGGAAGAUUUGUACGCGCCUGGCAAAACGCGUCAAUCUCUGGACGAAGCCGCCUUACUUCGAUUUCUUCGGGCCCGCAGAUUUGAAGUACCUGAUGCUCUGCAUAUGAUACGCGAAACGGAAGCUUGGAGAACAGCCAACAAGCUGGAGGAAUUGUACGAUACGUUGGAUGUGAGCGCCUACGAGGAUGCCAGGCGAGUGUACCACCAAUGGACCGGCCGACGCGACUUGCUUGGUCGACCUGUUUAUGUCUACGAGAUCUCCCAUCUGAAAAACAACAUGUCUGCCUUCGAGCAGUCUUCCAAAAUACUCCCUUCCAACCCCUCGUCCGGGGAUGCCGCAACCAAGCCUAUUCCAGGCAAGCUACGCGUGUUAUUCGGGCUCUACGAGAACAUGGCCGAGUUUGUUCUGCCACUUUGCACGGCCGUCAAGUCUCGGCCAAACCCCGAAACGCCAAUAACAUCGACAGCGCAUAUCGUUGAUGUCAGUGGAGUCGGGCUCAUGGGCUUCUGGAAUCUAAAAAACCACAUGCAAGCCGCUAGCACCCUUGCGAGCGCACAUUAUCCCGAAACACUCGAUAGGGUUUAUAUCCUUGGUGCCCCGUCCUUCUUCCCGACCGUCUGGGGCUGGAUAAAACGGUGGUUUGACCCUGGCACGACCUCCAAAAUCCAUGUCCUUUCCCAGACGGAGGUCGCCCCAACGCUACGUGCAUUCAUGGACCCAAAAGAUCUACCGAAGAAAUACGGGGGCGAGCUUGAGUGGGAGUAUGGGAUGCUCCCAAAUCUGGACGGGGAAAUUUUAAAAGCUGUGUCGGGGCUGAAAACGGGAGAUGAGUGGGUGAAAGGCCCAUUGAGAUGGGUUCAAGACCAGGAUGGUAGUGGGAAGGCCAAGGUAAUUGCGAAGGGAAUGAUAGAUGGAAAAAGCCGGAACGAGGAGGUUGGUGUUUAUGAGUUAUAG